AUCUAUAGGGAAGUAGUCUCGGAAAAUUGACAUUGUUUAAUCAAUAUAUUCAACACUUGAAAAGGGAUAUUUCCCCAAUUUUAGUGUCGGCUCUUCAUAUAUUUCCGGAUAUAAAUUGUGCUUCAACACAAUGCAGCGUAACUGUGAUGACAUGAUGACGGAGUUUGAUAAUUAGACCCAGUAAAUCAAGUCGGUUUUGUUGGGUGCGCGGGUAAUUUAAGGUAUGUCAGAAUGGCAGAAGGUGGAGUUGGUCUAGAAACAGUUCUAUGUGAACUUUGCGAAGAUGAACCAGCGCAAUUCUUCUGCCGCACGUGUAGUGGGAAUCUAUGCGUAAACUGCAAAGUAGAGCAUAAAAGUAGAAAGAUUUUCUACCGCCAUGAUGUUGUCAAAAUGACCCUUACAAGGAAAAUGGAAAAGGAUGGUUAUGGAUAUUGCUACGUGCAUCCAGAAAGCAGAUACGAAUUGUGUUGCCAUGGCUGCGAGGUGCCAGUUUGUACCAAAUGUAUCUCCGGAGUACACAACGGCCACAAAGUGACCGAUAUAUCCAGUAUUUAUCUGGAAGCGAGGAGCAAGAUUUCAGAAAAUCUAAAUGAAAUCGAAGCAUCUCUAAUUCCGAAACACACAGAAAAGUUGGGGGAUCUCGACAAUGUUUUGAGCGAUGUUAACAGACAAUCAAGGGACUUGGAACAAACCGUAGCAAGACAAUCACAGGAACUGAUUGACAUUGUACAGUCAGUUGAAAAAGAAUUUAUUAAGAAAAUAUGUGUGGAGAAAGAGAGCCAUAUUAAGGAAAUUCUAGGUAGAAAGGCGGAAGUCAAAGACCAUAUUUCCACAUUACAAAACUUUCAGGAUUCAUUAAUACAAGAAAGAGAUUCCCAAAGUAUGACUGAUCUAAUUUUAUGCUCGAAAAAUCAUUCAGAUAUCCCUCAUAAAAACAAAGUGUUCGGUACAUUGUCUUUUCAGAAAGCGUUUUUCACAACAAGGGGAUCAUUUCAUGAAGAAGUAAGAAAUAUGUUUGGCAUAUACUUUCCCUCCGUCAUUUUUGUUCAACAAGGCAAAAAGCAAAUAAUGACCAAACCAAAGGAAAUGAAUAAAUUCAAAUCUCCAGUAACAGCACCAGUAGGUUUGGUAUUUUGUCGCUUGAAUGUAGACUUGGCAUGGAUUCGUGGAAUUAGUCCGAAAAUAAAGAAAAUUGAUGGAAAAGGCAACUCAUUGGCAACUAUCACCACUCAUACUGAUGUUGGCCGGCCUUCCGGUCUGAUUGAGCUAGAGAACGGCAGUGUUCUCUACAGUGAUCUUGAAAACAAGAAGAUAAUAAAAGUAUCUAAAGAUUCACAAGAAGUGGAGCUAGAUCUGACAUGGUAUCCGAUGGGGCUGUGUAUCAGUCGUACAGGACAUAUUCUCGUCUGCGUUGCCUCUCUGUCGUAUAAGCAUACAGGCACUUCAGAUGUUGGGAAAAUAUUGAGAAUUAACACCGAAGGAGACAUACUGCAAGAGAUAGAGAAAAACGGAGAAGGAGAAAGCUUGUACACUAGACCCAUAUGCAUUUCCGAAAAUAUCAAUCAAAAUAUUUGUGUAUCGGACUAUUUUAAGCGAGCUGUGAUUGUUGUUGAAAGAUCUGGUCUCUUUAGGUUUGCUUAUGAUGGUGGGGACAUUUAUAAAAGUACAUUUUCGCCAUGUGAAUUAGAUAAUGACAGUGUGGGAAAUAUUGCAGUCUCUGAUCAAUGUAAUAAUUCAGUUCACUUGUUAGAUAUUGAUGGAAGUCUUAUAAAGUAUUUGCUGACAGAAAAGGAUGGGAUUUUUGAACCGAGAGGUUUAAAGAUUGAUAACGAAGAUAGAUUGUGGAUAACUGAAAUAUCUACGGAGUAUGUGAAAAUUUUCAGGUACAUGGAAUAGAUAUACGAAAACACCCACUGCAAACUGGAAAAGAGGAUCAUUUGGAAUUAUAAUUGAUCUAUAAGUCACACGUGGAGUGAUGCAGGACGUAGUAGUAGUAUAUCAUGGACAUACAUUGUAAUACUGAUUCUAUAGAAGGUUAAAGGUUUCGUCUUUGUUCAUUUAAAAAUAAAAUUUACAAUUACAUGUA